AUUCUCUUAAAUUCAUCUCUCUCUCUCUCUCUCUUUUCUCUCUCUCUUCGCCGUUUUCCAGUCAGGCGAUACAUACGUACAGAAGAUAAAGCGUAUAUUGUGAUUAAAAUCUGCAAAUUCAGUAUUUCCACUGCGAUUUGAUGCACCAGUGAACCGUUACAGCGCCAGAGGUCCUCUUAAUUGCAUUUAUUGCCGUUGGAUCAACCUCGUGAUUCGUGAGAGGUUUUUAUAGCGAUUCGAGAUUUCAGAGGUCGCGGUUUCGUUGUCGGCGAAGUCGAUAGAACGGAGCUAUGUCGGGUCCGCUGGAUCGGUUCGCAAGGCCUUGCUUUGAGGGGUCAUCUGGCAAUGAUGAGAGAAAAGAAAGAAAAUCUGAUUUUGAGAACUCAGAAGAUGAGAGAAGGACAAGGAUUGGGACACUGAAGAAGAAAGCUAUAAAUGCAUCAACCAAGUUCAAGCAUUCUCUUAAGAAAAAGAGUGGCAGAAGAAAGAGUGAUGGCCGAGUUAGCUCUGUUUCAAUAGAGGAUGUUCGGGAUGUUGAGGAGCUAAAGGUUGUUGAUGCAUUUAGACAAGCAUUGAUAUUGGAUGAAUUGCUACCUGAGCAACACGAUGACUAUCACAUGAUGUUAAGGUUCUUGAAAGCAAGGAAGUUUGACAUUGAAAAAGCAAAGCACAUGUGGGCUGAAAUGAUUCAGUGGAGGAAAGAUUUUGGUGCUGACACUAUUAUGGAUGAAUUUGAAUUUAAAGAACUGAAUGAAGUUCUAAAGUAUUAUCCACAUGGUUAUCAUGGCAUGGAUAAGGAGGGAAGACCUGUCUAUAUUGAAAGAUUAGGAAAAGUUGAUCCUAAUAAACUAAUGCAAGUUACCACGAUGGAUCGGUAUAUAAAAUACCACGUUAGGGAGUUUGAGAGAGCCUUUGCAAUUAAGUUUCCGGCAUGUACCAUUGCCACAAAAAGGCACAUAGAUUCAAGCACAACAAUCUUGGAUGUUCAUGGAGUGGGUUUGAAAAACUUCACCAAGAGUGCACGUGAGCUUAUAAUGCGACUCCAGAAGAUUGAUGGCGACAAUUACCCUGAAACACUCCACCAAAUGUUUAUCAUCAAUGCUGGUCCUGGUUUUAGGCUGCUAUGGAAUACUGUGAAGUCUUUUCUAGAUCCGAAAACAUCUUCCAAGAUUCAUGUUCUUGGAAACAAGUUCCAGAACAAGUUGCUUGAGAUUAUUGAUGGCAGUGAGUUGCCAGAUUUCCUGGGAGGUACCUGUACCUGUGCUGAUAAAGGUGGUUGCCUUCGUUCUGAUAAAGGGCCUUGGAAAAAACCAGAUAUCUUAAAGAUGGUUCUCAGCGGCGAAGCACGGCAUGCUAAACAAAUUGUUAAAGUUCUUAACUCUGAAGGGAAGUUUAUUGGUUAUGCCAAGCCUAAAUACCCGAUAAAAAGCUGUGAUACAUCUACUGCUGAGUCUGGAUCUGAAGCAGAAGAUAUGGCUUCACCAAAAGCAUUGAGGAAUUAUUCACAUCUUCGUUUAACUCCUGUUCGUGAAGAAGCUAAAGUUGCUGGGAGGGUGAGCUAUGCUGGUAGCUUCUCAGGGUAUGAUGAAUAUGUUCCCAUGGUUGACAAGGCUGUUGAUUCUGGCUGGAAGAGGCAACCAUCCUUUCAAAAGCUUGAUGUUUUGAAAGGGGCACUUCCAUUACCUGCUACUGAAAAGGCACCAGAACGAUUUCAGACACGGAUUUUGGCAGUGUUUAUGACCUUUUUCAUGACACUUGUCACACUCUUGCAUUCAGCAGCAAGCCUUGCAACUAAAAGACUACCUUACACUUCUUCCAGUCAUGAAAAAAAAUUACAUGGACUCUCUCCAGAUGCUGUACCAAAGGAGGAGUGUCGCCCCCCUUCACCAUCUCCACAAUUUACUGAGGCAGAACUCUUGUCCUCCGUUCUGAAAAGACUGGGAGAGCUUGAAGAGAAGGUUGAUACACUUCAAGCGAAGCCAUCUGAGAUGCCUUAUGAGAAAGAGGAACUGCUGAAUGCUGCUGUUUGCCGUGUGGAUGCCCUAGAAGCAGAAUUGAUUGCUACUAAAAAGGCUUUGCACGAGGCUUUAAUGAGGCAGGAGGAACUGCUUGCUUACAUCGACAGCCAAGAAGAAGCCAAGCUCCGGAAAAAGAAGUUUUGCUGGUGAAGACUGAAAAGGGACAGAGAAAGUGUGAGGUCGAGCGGUGUUGAUAUUACAUACGUUGCCAAACCCGUUAAAAAAAGUGUCAGUCAGUGGCCUUUUGUGUAUACUUGUUAACAUAUACCAUCAACGUUAACCUCGCGGAGGAGGAGGAUCUGCCACCCUCAGUCAUAUGAAGAUGAAGAUGAUGAUGAUGAUGUUCUUUGUAUUGAGAUAUGAAAGAGUAUAUACCAGAUUCGUGAGUUACUACUACUUGCACUGUUUAUGGAGUUAUCUUUUCUAUGAAUGAUCUGUAUCAAAUACAUUUUAUGGUUCCAUUUCCUGAAAUAUUGUUACAAUGAGCAAUAGAGCUUUCCCAUUGCGUA